AUGAAGCUUGAAACAUGGGAGGAUGGCAAGAAGAUUGGGAUAAAUGUCGAGGAACACAAUCGUCAACUAGAAGAACAUGACGCAAAAAGGGAAAGAAUGAUCGAAAGGGAAAUUGAAGAGAUACCGUGGUGGGUGGAAUAUGAGAAAGAUGACAAGAACGAACUCACGUUCGAAGAGCAGAAGUCACAUAUUGAAGAACUGAAGAAAGCUCUUGACACCUGCUGGAUCGAGAUCAAGUCUCGUCGAAACAAUUUCGAGUUCUUUCAUGGAUUUUACGAUUUCUGGCCUGAGCUCCACCUUUCCCGAUGGGAAAGUGAAGUUCACGGUAAUAUAUGGUCCUGUAGGAACUGGGCAACGAACAAUGGGAUCAAAACCAGAAGAAGUGGCAAGUGUCAAAGCCUAUCCAAAGAGCAGAAAAGGGAUGUCAUCGUGAGUUUGAAGGGAUGGGUUGUUCAAGACGACUUCGACAGAACGGUCUCAAAGCUCCCACCCUGCAUGCGGUAUAUCAUCCUGGCAGAAUUUGCUGCAAUGAUCGUUAUCAAAGAUUGCCUGAGAUUAUUCUUUACAAAUCCAUUUUGGUAUUUGGAUCCCCAUGGUGAAUUCGCCAGCAUUGAGGGCCCCGAGGAAACCCCGUUGGGCGCUCAGCUGCAUGCUCUGUACAAAGAGUUCCUGAAAGUGAGGCCAGACCUCGCUCACCACUGGCGGAAUCAGACAUCACGUCUAUCUAAUAUGAAAUACAACGGCCAUUUUCAAGCACACGAUACUACCUUUGCAUUGGCAAAUGAGGAACUUCGAAAGGCCAAGGCCUAUGAGUUUGCUGCUGCUAGGCUUCAAGACAAGACCUUUCGAUGCCUACUCCAAGAAAAAGAUGAAAACGAAUUGAAGGAAAGCCUCGGCUAUGUAUACUUCUGCAUGUCUGAAUUAGCAAAAAGCUUGAGCACAUCACAGCCGGAUUUCAGAUGGCGACUUCUGGAUGAGAUUCCAACUGAGUUCAAAAACAAAUCAAAAGUUUUUGAAGCAGCAUUCCUCCACGGGCACGAUGAGCGUGAGCUUAGACUGAACGGACGCAAGGUGCUCGCAAUCACUCAACCAUAUUUCUACGAAACAGGAGGAUGGGAUCAAGAAGGAGUUACUAGGGACGCGACAGUCCGCAGAGCUCGUGUUAUGGUGGAAGACCCGGCAGGGCAGCCGGGGUUCACUUAUUCCUCGGACGAAGAUGCGCAUCCAAGGAAAAGGAAGAGGCAGCCCAAGAAAGCGAAAGUUAUGAAAAAGUCGAAAGAUGAUACAGAGCCUACACCAAAGGGCAGAGCAAAGACGGGGGCCAAGAAGAAGAUUUGA